AUGAGCGAAGGACACAAGCCAGAGAAGGUUGUGGAUGAGAGGGAGGCUGAAUCCGAGGAGGGAGAAGAGGAAGUGGAGGUGAAGAGCACGGAUUCGGAGGAGGAUGUGUGGGUGAAGCGGUUGAGGGAACAGUUGGCAGAUUUCCAACCGCUCACGCCUCCCGGCAGCCCUCUGGCCACGGCCAAGGUGGGCCUGCGGCUGCGCGCCCUCAUCGCGCGCACCACUGUCCGCGACGUCGUUUCCUUCCACGCGCGCCUCAUCGUGCUCGAAGCCCACGACUCUGUUGACCACUGCCUCAUGACGCUCCAGGAUAACGGCAUCACUGCGGUGCCCAUCCUGGAUCUCGAAAAUAGGAAGUACCUGGGCAUGGUGUCCGCCUUGGAUUUGGCUGCCUACGUGGCGAGCCUGUUCCCCGCCACCGAGGCGCUCCCCGAGCAGCUUCCCAACAUUGAACUCAAGAGCAUCGUCAACUUUAGCAAGAUGAGCCCGUUCCUGCCCCAGUCGCUGGACACAUCGCUGCCGGCGCUGAUGCAGAUCUUUUCGAGCGGUGUGCACCGUCUGCCGCUGCAGGACGACAAGGGCAACGUCUGCGGUUUGGUGAGCCAGACCGACGUGCUCCGCUUCUUCGUGGCCCACCUCAACGAGCUGCUCGGCACCGAUCUCCGGGGCUCGAACUCGCUUCCCACGAUCGAUGCACUCGGCCUCACCAAGAGCAAACGUCAGAUCGAGAAGAUCUCGACCGAGGACAGCGUGUCGCAGGUGAUCGACCACCUCUACAAGGUGAGCGCUCUCGCCCUCGUCGAUGCCGAUGGCAAGCUCGUGGGAGACCUGUCUGCCGACAGUCUGCGCACGCUGUCUGACUACCUCCAAUUCGGUCCCAACGCGCUGUUCGACGAGGUGAUCGGCUCGAUCCUCGACGCCGGGAAGCACCGCGCUUGGGUGGUGGAUGCUGAGGGGAGACCCCAGGCGAUGAUCACCCUGACCGACAUCAUCCGCAAGCUGCUCGCUCUCUGA